AUGGCGUGGCUGAAGGUGCUUUUCGCCAGUUUGGCCCUGAUUGCCAACGCACCUGGUUCAACUAGUGUGAUUGUCACUAAGAAUGGUACACCUCGACCAAUCAUGGCCACACCUACAGUAGUGCGAUCAGGUUCCGGGUCCGCGUCAUUUGCUUCAGGCUCUGGGUCUAUUGAAGACAUCAUCGCAGUGCUGUCAGCUUCAGCCUCAGGCUCCUCAUCCGGUUCGGGCUCCAUAUCAUUCGCUGCUGUCUUCGACGCGUUUUCGACUUCAGGAUCAGGAUCAAAAAGCUCAUCAAAGUCGCUGGGGUCAACGUCCGUGGCUUCGGUUGAGGAUUCUAAAGUGACGGUGACGUCCAGCUCGUCGACCAACUACUCGGCAUUAAUCACUUACGGGUCAGGUGCCUCAUAUAAGCUCGCUACGCCCCUCACGGCCAAGAGUUCCGUCGUACAAACCUACCGCAAUUGGGUGGGCCCUCCAGCACUGCAAGGUGACGCUGCUUGCUGGCGAGAAGCGCAUAUUAUGGACAAAUGUCCGUCCAACUACGACCGGCAUGAAGCCACCAAUACCUGCUGGGCUGAGUGUCCUAUCGAGUUUCCAGUGAGAUGCGGCAUUGAGUGUGUUCGUCAGAAUGACGACUGUGGCCGUGAGAUUUUCUACAAAGUCUCCUCACUUGUCAACGUCGGUCUCAAUGGUAUCAUGGACAACUGGUUCGGCAAGUUUUCCCUUAUGGCCAAGAAGGUUCGAACCACUGUGUAUUGCUCCUGUAUGAUCCUCAGUUUGAUCCGAGCCAUGCUUCGAUACAUUCGCAGUGUCAAGAGUGCAGACCCUCAAGCUUCCCAGGACAAGAUCCUAACUGCGUUGUAUCAAUCAAACGCUGUGGUCGUGGAACUCCCUAUUACCAUUAAGUACUGCAUGGGCGAUAAGCCAACCAAAAGCUGGUGGCUGGCAGACCGAGUCAUCGCCUCAACGCAGUAUAUUCUAUCGCAGGUUCUGGCCAACGACGAUAAGCUGAUCACGAGCUGGGAUCGAUUCAAAGCCUUCCUCAAAGGAGCAAACUUCACGGCCCCACCGGAGCAAAUCACUAAAGGUGAGAUCGGAUACCUCACAGACGCCCUGAAGUCCAAAUCGACCUGUGGCCACGACUUACAGGCCCUGGUGGAUCGAACGUGGGCUACAAUUGAAGAGCUUCGCGAACAGAAUCCGGGAAUUACAGAGGACCAACUCCGAAUUGCAGUUCAGGACACUGAACUUGUGAAGACGGAUAUUGCUAUGGUCACAAGUAACUGCAUGGAGUUGCUGGUUGAGCAGUCCAACGAGGUUACUGCCUAUACUACUCGAGACAAGAUUCGCAAGACAUUUGGCGUGAUCAUCAAUGACCUCAUUACUAAGGGCAAGAGCAACAACGGCACUUCCUACAAAGCCAAUGAGUACACGUACAAUGCGCUGAACCAAGGUCUUAACUUCUGGGUUGUCACGGGGUUCGAUAUGACUGGUAUCUCCAGUAUGAUCUCCGACUAUUUCAUGGCUAUCUGUGGUCCAACACAGUUCAUUGGCGAGGUGGACGACGGAACGCAUCCGCAUACACUUGGAUUGAAAACCGUCCAGAAGGCCUUCCAGAACAGCACCAUGUCAUGGACUAAAAAGGGGGACGGAGAGGUUAUCAUCAACUUUACCAGUUAUGAUACAAAGAAUGUGACGGUGAACAUCAUGUCUGGAGGAGACAAGGUCGACGAAGUGGAUGUUGCUGCAGGCGGGAAAGCUACAUGGAAGUCGACUGUGAAGGAGCUGGGAGGAAAGACACUGUAUUUGGAUCGAUGGCGUCCAGGCUUUCUGGGACUCCCUGGUACGGGAGGUGGUUCUUUGAUGUUGUGGGUACCUCACGCAGCGGAAGGUGGUCAUUUGGAUCUGAAUGUGCGGUUGAAUGUGAGUUAA